GCACGCCCCCGGCGGCCACUGGCGGUGCCAGAUGAACCGAGGCGGCGGAGCGCGAUGGGCUCUGCCGGCGAUGGCGGCGUGUGCGCGCUGUGGCGCCGGGCCGAGGGCCCCGAGGAGCGGCGGCUGAUGGAGCUCUUCUCCUACGGGCUGAUGGCGAUGGGCGCCGCCUCCGCCCUGCUGCUCUGCUUCAUCCCCAUGCCCUACGGCCGGUACUCCUCGCGGCGCUUCGGCUGGCUGCUGCCCGCCCGCCCCGCCUGGGCGCUGCAGGAGCUGCCCUCCCUCCUCGUCCCGCUCGGGCUGGCUGCCUGUGGCGGGGCGGUCGCGGCCGCCCGGCCCAACCGCGUCCUGCUGGGCUGCUUCCUCCUGCACUACGCGCACAGGGCACUCAUCUUUCCUCUUCUGAUCCGUGAAGGAAAACCAACGCCGUUUUUCACUUUUGUGUUAGCCCUUCUGUUCUGUGUUUUCAACGGGUACUUGCAGGGCCGAAGCUUAACCACCUAUGCAAUUUACCCUUCAGGCUGGCUGGGCGACUCACGCUUCAUUACAGGUUUUUUAGGAUGGUUGAUUGGCAUGGCCAUCAAUAUUCAUUCUGAUCAUAUUCUCAGAAAUCUGAGGAAACCAGGGGAAACUGGUUACAAGAUACCAAGAGGAGGAAUGUUUGAGUAUGUCAGUGGAGCCAACUUUUUUGGGGAGAUCCUGGAAUGGUUUGGGUUUGCCCUUGCCUGCUGCACCAUUGAAAGCUUUGCAUUUGCAUUGUGUACUCUCUUCAUCCUGGGUUCAAGGGCAAGACAACACCACAAAUGGUACCUUGAGAAAUUUGAAGACUAUCCAAAGGACAGAAAAAUUGUCAUCCCAUUUUUGUACUGAGCUGUGCUUUUAACACUUUGAGAUGGAUGCUUUUAGUAACAGCCAACAUUUUACAGAUGCUGGCAAGUUAGCAACACACUGGGAUCGUCACUGUGACAAAGCCUUUCCAUCAGUGCUGCUAUUACUUACUGUUUUUUCCUCUUAAUGGUAAACCAGAAAUCUGAUGGGACAGGGUGAAUAGGAACAGAAAUGCUUUUCCAGCAGUGAAGCACCUUCAUAAAUACAUUAGGCAAUGAGUCUGAAUUGGCAUCAUGGGAAGUACUGUGCACAACUUCUGAUGCUUCUUUCUGCAUGUGAGGGCUUCUGCUGUUUCCACUCAAUGUAGCCAAGCUGUCCUGAGGAUUGUGCUGUGAGCUCAGCCACCCUCACUGCAGUCUGGAUGGUGUGUUUUGUCUACAUACACAAAUAGGGUUGAUUUUAUUUUUUUUCCUUGCCUUACUAAUCCUUGAAAUUCUCCCCACCUGCAUUUCCAGAAGAGCUGGUGAUGUGGACCAAGGAAUUAGAUGAAUGCAGUUGCUUUUAGAUGAGAGGCAGUGUUUUUCCUUCUCUUUGCACUCUUACAAAUAUAGGGACACUGUACAGACAAUCUAAUGGUAUUUGCAUAAAAGUUAUACUGCUAAUAGAUUAAUAUUGUCAUCUACCUCUUAAAAUUGAUAGCUAUCUCAAUAUGCAAUGUGUGUUUUCUCACUCUAAACUGGUUUUGGAAGUCUACUUAGGAUACUUAGGCCAAUCUAGCAUUGUUAACAAUUGUGUAAUGUUUUCUAACUUAAUUUAUAAAAAAUAACUUGAGAUUUAAAAAAUUUUUCUUACUAUACUUUUUUUAAAAAAAUCAAGUGUCUUCCUUCUUCUGUUGCUAACAUUCUAGAUGAUUUUAUAUUCUAAAAUUCUGGAGCUUUGUGUCCGUUCUCAUACCCCAACCUUUUGUUCACAAAGGACUCCAGAAUGGUUUCAAGAACAUGAUGGGAUCCCAAGCAUACAGAUUUUCAAGUUAUCUGUGUCUUUUGCAUGAUUGUAAUAAUAGGGAAUCUUUUAGAAUUGCUGACACUAAAAAAAAAAAAAAAAAAAAAAAAAAAACCCAAAACCUCAAGGGAAAACUAAAAAAAAACCACAAACAAUCUGACAAAGCCCCCAAGUGAACAACCAAAUUCUAAUAAGUAAAAAAAACUUUAAAAACAAACAAAUGAACACUAACUAAAAAAAACUUUCCACAAAACCCCAAAACUCUGCUGCUAAUAUAAUUUGAAAAUAAAUGGAAUUCAAACUUUU